UGACGUUUAUUUCCUUCGCCCAUUUGAUCAUCUAGUGGAGCCGCGCUUGAUGCAAAGCGGUGGUGCUUGUGAGAGAUGGCGGGCAGUGCGGGAGAAUGGUGCCUGAUGGAGAGCGACCCCGGGGUGUUUACCGAGCUAAUCAAAGGCUUUGGCUGUCGAGGAAUACAAGUAGAAGAAAUCUGGAGUUUGGAACAAGAACACUUUGAAGAUUUGCAACCAGUUCAAGGAUUAAUCUUCCUCUUCAAGUGGCAGCCAGGAGAAGAACCAGCUGGAUCUGUUGUUCAAGACUCCAGGUUGGACACAAUCUUCUUUGCUAAACAGGUAAUAAAUAACGCGUGUGCAACACAAGCCAUCAUCAGUAUUUUGCUGAACACCACACAUACUGAUGUACAUUUAGGAGAAACUCUGUCUGAAUUCAAAGAAUUCACCCAAAGCUUUGAUGCCGCUAUGAAAGGACUGGCUCUAAGCAAUUCAGAAGUGAUCCGACAAGUUCACAACAGUUUUGCCAGGCAACAAAUGUUUGAGUUUGAUGCUAAAUCCACAACGAAGGAUGAUGAUGCCUUUCACUUUGUCAGCUAUGUUCCAGUCAAUGGGAGGCUUUAUGAACUGGACGGCUUAAGGGAUGGACCAAUUGAUUUAGGACCAUGUAAGGAAGAUGAAUGGAUCAGUGCAGCCAGACCUGUUAUAGAGAAACGAAUGCAGAAGUACUGUGAAGGUGAGAUACGGUUCAAUCUGAUGGCUAUUGUUUCAGACAGAAAGAAGAUCUACGAGCAGAAGAUUACGGAUUUGCAGAGGCGGCUUGCAGAGGAAGAGCCUAUGGACACUGAUCAGGGCAGCACUCUUAUGAGCUCCAUGCAGUCUGAAAUAGCAAAAUACCAGCUUCUUAUAGAAGAGGAAAACCAAAAGAUCAAAAGAUACAAGAUUGAAAAUAUCAGAAGAAAACAUAACUACCUUCCAUUCAUCAUGGAGUUGUUGAAGACUCUAGCAGAGCAUCAGCAGUUAAUACCCUUAGUAGAAAAGGCCAAAGAGAAACACAACACAAGACGGGCGCAGGAAGCCAAAUGAUACCCCUGCUACUUUGAAAAUAGAACAGAAAACAAAGCUUCUUCCUUUUCAUGUCACAGAGCGAGUGGAGACAAUCCACCAUGGCUUCUCUUAGACAUUAUUAUAUGUGCAGAGCACAGGCAUUUUGUAUGCACAGUUCAGCAUGGUUUUUAACCUUUGCAUCACAGUGCAUGUUUACAGUACAUUAGGCCUCAUAAUCCUAUAUCAUUUUAGAACAAAAAAUUCCAUAUUACGUUUUUGUAUGUCUUUGGUUCUAGGGCUGCAAAGAGUUAUACACAUUCUUAAAUGUUAAUGAACACUCUGUUUAUGAAAAGAUUCAACACACGUGACCUACAGUACAAGCUGUUCCACUUAUGGAAAGAAUGGAAAAAAGAGGCUAUAAAUGUGAGCAUGUUUGUGUAUACAACGUAAAUUGUCCCUGUGCUGUGUAUUACCAAGCCAUUUCCCUUUUUAACUACAGUCAAUUUGCAGAUAUCAUGAAGGGAGGGUAUACACUGCAUAUUUUUGUCCUUGUCACAGUUGUUCCUAAAUACUUGUAUCAUAAUACUUUCCUGCAGUCUUCUGCUUAAUAAUUAAGCUCAGGAUAUUCACUAUCUAUUGUCACCUGGCAUACAUAGCCAUUAAAGCGGUUGUUCACCAUAAAAUGAACUUUUAGUAUAAUGUUGAGAGUGAUAUUCUGAGACAAUUUGAAAUUGGUCUUCAUUUUUUUAUUUGUGGUUUUUGAAUUAUAGGUUGAAUUAGCUUCUUGUUCAGUUGUCCAGUUUGGUAUUUCAGCACAUCUGGUUGCUAGGGUCUAAAUUAUCCUCGCAGCCUGGCAGUAGGUUGAAUGGGAAACUGGAAUAUGAGUAGGAGAGGGCCUGCAUAGAAAUAUAUGUAAGUAAAAGUAACAAUUACAGUAGUUUUUUGGCUGCUGGGGUCAGUGGGAGAAGAAGAUGGCAGAUAAUUAAACUAUACAAAAUAAAAAAAUGACAUUCAAUUAAAAAGUUACAAAAAGUUGGUCAUUCUGUAAAAUUCUAAAAGUGAACUUAAUGGUGGACCACCCCUUUAAUCAGUAGUAUUGAACUGCAAUAGUUGCAAAUAAAUAAACCAAACCCUGCUCCUCCACUACUGAAGCCAUAACUUGUAUGCCUUAGGCUGUGUUAGGAAUGGACAUACUUUGGGAGUAUAUAGUCCAUUUGUGAGCUUUUGGUCACAGCUUGACAUAAAUCCUCUUUAAAAUCUGCUUUUUAGGAGAGCAGGCUUUAGAACUGCAUACAUAUCAUGAUGGCUGUAAGUCUCCUCUGGGAGAGUUCCCUUCUGAGCAGUGUUUGGCUAAGAAUGAGCCACUGUUGGAACUCAGUGAUUUUUCUGUCACUUGGCGCUGUGCAUACUGUUGCAGUGAUAUUUUCAUCUAUAUACAUGUGCCCUGUAGUUUCUUUAUAAGCCCCUCUCAUUACCUGACAUUCUGCCUCCACUGCAAGUUACCCCCCCCCCCCUUCAUGGUGCAGCAGCUGUUUGUUUUUUAGAUGCCAUUCCUCAGUAUGAAUUAUGCUGCCUUACCACAGUCAUUUAGUGUUACAUUUAUAGUGGAAAAGUUUUCUUUACAUCAGUUCUUACAUUAAACAAUUUUUUUUUUCUUUUCUAAACCAUGUGGGCAUUUGUAGAGCAUAUCUAAAAGUGUAGCUUUAAGGGAUCUGAUAGUGUAUGUUGGCUAGAAAUGAUGGAAUCCUUGAGGAUCCAACCUCCAGAUUUUUCUGUACAUAUGAUGAUGUGAAGUCCUGUUGGAAACUGCAAAAGCACUCCCAUACUGUAAGCCGAAUACCUGGCAUCCUGUAAUAGUCAUUUGAAACAGGAUUUUGAGUUAAUUUGCUAAAAAUACAGCAUUUUGCCUGUGCUCAUUCAGAAAACAUUGAGUAUAUAGCGCUUAUUUAAAGUAUUAUUGACAUUGGAGACAAGGCAUUGCAGCUGCAGAAACAGAUUAUUUGUAUUCUAAGGCUAAUGCCACACAGGGCUGAUUCUUGGCCUAUGGAUAGUGUUUAUCCAAGAAUCAGCUCAUACACUGCCAUCGACCUAUCCCUGCACCUGCACCCUGAGCCAUGGCAUUGGCCUGCAUGCCGGCACACAGAGCUCAUUUUGGUCCCAAAAUGCAUACUUGCACCAUUUCAGUGCUGAAAUCUGCUCUGUACAGGUGUAGCCUGAUGAGAUGUGGCAAUAUUCCACUCGUUUCUAUAGUACUAAAAUAUGAAUUGGCCUAGAUGAAAUUGGUACUUGACCAAGCAGGUGUAUGCCUUCUAGAUUUUAGUCUGUGGAACUCUGAACAUUCUGAAGAACAUUUAUGACCCAUGCAGAAUCCCUAAGAUUAAUGUUACGUAGGCAGUGGUCAAAAUAGUCCCAUUAGGAAAAACUACAGCAGUAAAAAGAUGAAUGGAAAAUUAUAAUGGAAAGUAUAAUGAAAGCAAAAAAAAAAUCGCUUUGGUAGUUAAAUUGUGCAAUAGUGCCCCUUGUUAGUAAAUGAGCCCCACAGCAUUUCCAUUAAGUGGAUGUAGUACAGAAGCUAUAGUUUUGUGAGCGAUAAAUUUACUCGAUGAUGCAGUGUUCCAUAAAUCAAUUAUAAAAAUACUUUUAUACACCAAUUACAGACUAAGAAAAAAAACACAAUUCCCUAUAUCAGAUAUUAUAGAAUCUAAGUCUACAGAGAGAGAUAUAUAUACACUAACAAAAGAAUGAACUUUUUCAACUUAUCUGAAUGUUUUGGCCAUUGUCAAGCUGAGGUUGGAGAGAAUAUAUUUGUUUUCGAUGCUUGGUCUGUAACUGUCUGUCAUAUAUAAUUAUAUAUAUUGAAUAAAGGAGCUGUUUACAUUC